AUGGGUGCUGAUGAUGGAAUCAGCGCGGACCAAGUCGACAUCCGACUCCAGCCGCUCAACACGAACGCCGGACGCAAUGCGAACGGCACCGACGAGGAAGCCGCCGAGCAGAUCCAACUGCGGGUGUACAAACGUCGUUGGAUCGUGCUGCUCGCCGUCGCGCUGCUCAACAACACCAACACCAUGUCGUGGAUCUCGUAUGCGCCGUCAGGAAACUACGUGAACAGCUUUUACGGCCCGAACAGCGCUGCUUGGUGAGUGAAGGUUCAGAUAAGAGCGAAACAGAGCACGAAAUGAAAGGGAAAGGAAAACGUGUUUGUGAAAAUUUGAUAGAAGGAAGAGUGACCGUUUGAUAAAUGAACAACUCAAUUAGUGAUAGUGCGGUAAAUGACGUUUGCACGAUCGGAAACCACUGCCGUUUGUGAUAAGAGCGAACGAAAAUAAAUUUUUCAGGCUCUCGAUGGUAUACAUGAUGUGCACAAUCCCAGUUGGAGUUUUCGCUAUGUGGGCCGGUCGCGAGUGGGGUCUCCGCACUGCCAUCCUCAUCGCCGGCUGGACCAAUGGAAUCGGAGCCGUCAUCCGAGUCAUCUCCUCCCUCGACUUCUUCCCGGACGCUUGGCGCUUCACCGUGUGUUUGACUGGUCAAGCGAUCGCCGCCGUCGCCUAUCCGUUCAUCAUGUUCCUGCCGACAAAGGUUGCCGGCUCCUGGUUCCCGGACACUCAACGCGCCAUCGCCACCACUAUUGGAGUGAUGUCGAAUCCGCUCGGAGUGCUCAUGGCCAAUCUGAUCAGUCCGAGCAUUGUCAAGGCUCCAGAGCACGUCAUAUGGCUCAACAUUUUCACCUGCAUCCCAUCCGUCAUUGCCAUGCUCAUUGCCACUGUAAGAAAUCACCGUGUUUUAGAGAGAUGUAUUUUAUUUUUAUUUUUUUCAGUUUGGCGUGAACCGAAGUGAGCCAAAGAUCCCGCCAACCUUCAGUGCCAGCAAGCCACAAAUGGACUUUGUGUCGGGAAUGAAAUCGUGCUUCUCCUCGAAGCAGUACAUAAUUCUUCUCAUUGUGAUGGGCGGAGGAAUCGGAAUGUUCAACUGCCUCUACACGGUCAUGCUUGAACUUCUGUGCCCGUCUGGAUACUCGAACACGUUCUCAGGAGUGUGUGCCGCUCUCAUGAUCAUCGGAGGAGUGUUCGGAGCCGCCGCCAGUGGAAUCUUCGUCGACCGCACCAAGCUCUACGAGGAGACGCUCAAGAUUGCGCUCGGAGCCGCCGUCAUCUUCGGACUCAUCUUCCUGCAGCUCACCCUUCACACCGGACACCACGUGCUACUGGCCGUCACCUGCCUACUCUUCGGAGUUCUCGGAUUGGCCACCUACCCGAUCGGAUUGGAACUGGCGUCGGAGUGCACGUUCCCAGUGUCCGAAGCCACGUCGACCGGACUCAUUGUGCUGUCCGGACAGAUUCAGAGUGUCAUCUACGUCUUCAUCAUGAAGAACUUUGCCCGUCCGCUCCAACCGGAUCGCAUGCACGCUCAGGUCUGCCAGCUCACUCCGGACGACACUGUCAACACGCCGAAAGAUAACACAAUGUCGAUCAUGGUAAGGAAAACAUAUACUUGGAGCUAUAUAAUAAUGCUCAAUUUCUCAGAUCUUCUCGCUUCUGUCCACUCUCCUGGUGCUCACACUCGUCGUGCUCUUCAAGCCGGUCUACAAGCGUCUCGAGGCGGAACGCGGAAACCGAGCCACCGCCGACAAGGCGAAGGAACUGUCGAACCAGACGAAGGACCGUGUGACCCUUCCGACCGAAAGCGCCGUUCAACCACUCCAACAGCAAUAA